GUGUUUUAGUCUGGAAGGCACAGAUGAUCAGCGUUGCGGAGAUCCCAGGAGUAAAAGUAAAACCGAUCUGGUUGUGCUAAGAAUAAACUAGUAGCCACCAUCAACGCGAUCUCGAUUGUAGCAGGGGGUUGCGAUAGUCGAUUCUAUUUUUGCACCUUCAACUCAGUUGUUCUUUAUUAGGCGUCCUUGUUUUUAGUUUCAUCCGAUGCGCUUGUUCUUGACACAGUAGCUGUGUAUUGACAGGACGAGGUACAGCAGGAUCAUACAUUAUAUCUCUUUCUCUACUAUCGUACGUAUUUCGUCUGUUCAGAAGCAUUAACACAAAAAUUAAUUUUGUUCCUACACGUAGAGACGCAUGACAAGUCGAGACGAUUAUAUCUCGAGGAAAGAAUCUAUGUCUAUCUAGAACCGUUGCUUUUUAGCGACACGACCCUUCACAAAAUGGGCAAAGAAUAUCAGGGCACUACCAAUCUCUCAUCCGCAGCGCAGGGGGUGGUCGCUGAGGCGUCAGAACAGGAGUACGCAGCGCAAAUAUGUUUGGGUCUGCUGGAAGACUGCAAGUUGUGCCAUGUUUGGCUAGUAUGAAUUUCAAAUCUGUCAUGCGCAUGACCAGGAUCCCCCGUUUCUUGUCACGCAAAUUCACUGUUUGUGAUGCAAAAUAGCUAACACGUGCUGGCAGUUCAAAAAGUUUUCAUGCUCCAGGACGGUCACUUGAGGUGUCGGCGUCCUUGUGUUUCGUUGUACUCCAGCAUGGUCACAAGUAUCGAGACCCAGGCAACCUAGUUGCAAUGCAUCACAAAGACGAGGAUGUCAUUAUGGAGGACGGGGAAACCGAGGUUGUCAUACCGUAUCACGGAGAAAAACACCCAUGCUGCAGUGUCAAGAAUAUGUAACUCGUCAUGCCCAGUAUUUGGUUCGCAGAUUCCGGGAACAUCCACGAUUCAGAUUGGCGAGUUGCAAAUAUCGGAAACAAGACAGACCUUCACGUUUCCGUUGUCAUGUGGCCCCGGCUCGCAACCCAACGCACUAUACUAGAGACGAUUUCGGAUAAUUCAGUAUUGGUGUGUUUUUUUUCCCGCAUAUGCCACCAGAAUUGAUGGCAGCAGGGCCUUUCCGAAAGUUGAUGCGCGGCACGAACGCCAUGAAGGUACAGGACAAAAUUAUCUUGUGUAAAAGAACUUCAUCUUCAUAUUUGCUGUCCAAAUCUGCAUUUGUUAGAACAUCACACGACUACUGCAACUUUCCGCUCCCAGGCACGAAAACCGGAGUUUCAUAAUAGUUUCUACUUUAUUUAUAGCAAGUUGGCUCUGUGAGGAAAAUAAGUGGCAGUUCAGUCAGUACUCACAAGUAGUGCUGUGUGGAGCAGGACCCCAUUUGUCAUGCGUGUUUUGUACAGAAUCAGAAUCUGGACUUGUGGUAAGUACUGGGUGCUCACCAACGUCGUGAAUAUGGGGUGCAAUUAUUUUUUCACUGGAUGGAGCUGUUGGUGCAGUCGUUGCAGGUAUCCUAAGUAAAAAUGUCCCCAUCGCAGAAUCAAGUUAGGAUCAGCAUGAAACACAAAUCCAGAAAUUUUGGAAGUCACGCAUGACAACUUUCUCGCACAUUAGCAAGGGCGGCCAUCGCCCCAGUAACAGUAUCCUGUUUACAGCAUUAGAAAUGCCAAAAUAUCAUUGCAACUAGCUCUCUUGGGGAUCCGCAUUACAGGCGAUCCUGUAAUUGCAACUCUGCAUGACAACUCUGGGUUAGGGACGUUUUUGCUCAGGAUGGCAGACUUACCGCUUUUACGCCCUGACCCACGCGGAGAUCGCAAAGUUGCGCAUGGCAACGGUAUAAGAUUGAAACAGAGUGCCCCGUAGUCAGAAACUUUGAUAGAUUGCAGUACCGCGGGCAACUACUUAGUGGAAACUUCUGCAAAUGCAAAUGGUACUACAGGUCCUCUGGCAAGAACAUCAUCCAGAUAUAACAAUUAUUUCCGUGACUUAGUCGUGAUCCAGAGUCUUACAACUGGGCUGUUGCAGCUGCUGCCGCUACAGGGCGAGCUUCGCAACCCCUAGUUUUUUGCAGUACAAACGCUCGCUGUCCUCCUGUACAUCAAUAAACUUGCAUGUGCACGAAGGGCAUGAAAAUCCCCUACGGUAAUUUUCUGGGGCCGGGGCGGUUUGCGUUCUGAUAGACGAUCGGGGAGGUCUUCGAGUUCCAGCGCAGAGCCGGG